AUGCCGCUCGCGCCGCCGCUGAACCUGCCGCUGUGGCUGCGCACGCACGGGGAGCUGCUGAAGCCGCCCGUGAACAACUUCUGCCUGUACGCGGGCGCGGACUACGUCGUGAUGGCGGUCGGGGGCCCGAACGAGCGGCGCGACUAUCACGUCAACGAGACCGAGGAGUGGUUCUACCAGUACCGGGGCGCGAUGCUCCUGCGCGUCGUCGACGGCGACGCAUUCGAGGACAUCCACAUCGCAGAGGGCGAGAUGUUCCUCCUCCCCGCCAACACCCCGCACAACCCCGUCCGCUUCGCAGACACCAUCGGGCUCGUCAUCGAGCGCGUCCGCCCCGCAGACGCAACAGACCGCCUCCGCUGGUACUGCCGCGAACCCGCCCACGCCGCGCCCACGAUCAUCCGCGAAGACGCCUUCCACGUGACCGACCUCGGCACCCAGCUCAAGCCCCUCAUCGAGCGCUGGAUCGCGGACCCCGCACUCCGCCGCUGCCCCGCGUGCGGCGUCGUCGCACCGGCCACCUAG